UGUCAGCAGUAAUUUGCUUUAAAAGGCGGUCUGGGACUGCUGUUCAUUGUAUCUCACUGAUCAUGAGGGUGGUAAUACUAGCACUGACUCUAGCCCUCGUGGCGUGUCAACAUCUUAACCUUGCCCCCCAAUUUGCUGCCGGUAAGACCCAUGUGUACAGCUAUGAGGCAUUAAUCCUGGGGGGUCUGCCUGAGGAAGGUCUUGCUAGAGCUGGAGUAAAAAUCAUCAGCAAAGUUCUCAUCAGUGCAGUUGCAGACAAUAGCUACUUGCUCAAGCUUGAGGAUCCUGAGAUCUUAGAGUACAGUGGAUUUUGGCCCAAAGCUUCUUUUGUGCCAGCUCCAAAGCUCACCUCAGCCCUGAAUAAUCAGCUCAGGACCCCCAUCAGGUUUGAGUACACCAACGGUGUUGUGGGUAAGGUAUCUGCCCCAGCUGAUGUCUCAGAAACAGUUCUGAAUAUCCAUAGAGGCAUCUUGAACAUUCUUCAGCUCAAUGUCAAGAAGACACAGAACGUCUAUGAGCUUCAGGAGGCUGGAGCUCAGGGAGUAUGUAAGACCCACUAUGUGAUCAGUGAAGAUACCAAGGCAGAGCGCAUCCAUCUGACUAAGACCAAGGAUCUGAAUAACUGCCAGGAGAGGAUCAUGAAAGACUUUGGUCUGGCUUACACUGAGAAGUGUGUUGAAUGUCAGCAGAGAGGGAGGGCCCUAAGGGGAGCAGCUUCCUACAACUACAUCAUGAAGCCCACUCCCUCUGGUGCCCUGAUCAUGGAGGCCACUGUUGCUGAGCUCCAUCAGUUUGCACCAUUCAAUGAGAUGACUGGAGCUGCCCAGAUGGAAGCAAAACAAACUUUGACCUUCGUUGAGAUCAAGCAGACACCCAUUGCACCCAUCAAAGCUGAAUAUCUUCAUCGUGGAACCAUUCAGUAUGAACUUUCCACUGAACUUCUCCAGUCACCGCUUCAGCUCCUUAAGAUUACCAACCCACAAGCACAGGCUGUAGAGGUCCUGAAUCAUCUGGUCACAUCCAACGAGACACCGGUCCAUGAAGAUGCUCCCCUGAAGUUUCUGCAGUUGAUUCACAUCUUGCGCAGGGCUAGCUUUGAGAACAUCGAGGCCAUCUGGACUCAGUUCAAGACCAAACCAGCCUUCAGAAUGUGGAUCCUGGACUCUGUUCCGUCCAUUGGAAGUCCAGUUGCUGUGAGAUUCAUCAAGGAGAAGUUUUUGGCUGGUGACAUCACUAUUCCUGAAGCCGCUCAGGCUCUGGUUGCUGCUGUACAUAUGGUGACUGCUGAUCUGGACACUGUCAAGCUUUUUGAAAGCCUGGUUUUCCAUGACAAGAUUCAGAAACAACCAGUUCUGCGUGAGAUCGUCAUGCUUGGUUAUGGUACACAGGUUUACAAAUACUGUGUGGCUUCUCCCAACUGCCCUGCUGAACUUGUGAAGCCCAUCCAUGACCUUGCUGUUGAGGCUGCUGCUAAAGGCAACUUUGAGGAACUCACCAGAGCUCUUAAAGUUCUGGGUAAUGCUGGCCAUCCUGCUAGCAUUAAACCAAUCACAAAGCUCCUGCCCAUAGUUGGAACUGCAGCUGUUAAACUGCCUCUGAAAGUCCAGGAAGAUGCACUAUUAGCCCUGAGGAACAUUGCUAAGAGGGAUCCCAAAAUGGUCCAGGAUAUCGCUGUGCAGUUGUUCAUGGACAAGGAAAUCCACCCAGAGCUCCGAAUGCUUGCCUGUGUUGUGCUGUUUGAGACAAAGCCUCCAAUGGGUCUGGUGACCACUCUUGCUAACAUUCUGAGGACAGAAGAAAAUCUGCAGGUGGCCAGUUUCACCUAUUCUCACAUGAAGUCCCUGACCAGGAGCACUGCCCCAGACUAUGCCCCAGUUGCUGCUGCCUGCAAUGUUGCUGUCAAGAUCCUCAGCAACAAAUUUGAAAGACUGGGCUAUCGCUACAGUAAAGCCAUGCACCUGGAUGCCUAUUACAGUCCCCUGAGGGUUGGAGCUGCUGCCACAGCUUUGUACAUCAACGAUGCUGCCACCAUUUUGCCCAGAGCCUUUGUGGCCAAAGCUCGCUCCUACUUUGCUGGAGCAGCUGCUGACGUCCUGGAGGUUGGUGUGAAAACUGAUGGAAUCCAGGAGGCUCUCAUGAAAAACCCAACAGAUUCUGAAAAUGUUGACAGGAUCACUAAAAUGAAGCGUGUCCUUAAGGCUCUGUGUAACUGGAGGUCUGAUAUCUCCAGCAAGCCCCUGGCCUCCAUGUAUGUGAAGUUCUUUGGACAGGAAAUUGCCUUUGUAAACAUCGACAAAGUUCUUAUCGAUCAGGCCAUUCAGCUUGCCACCAGCCCUGCUGUCCAGGCUAUGGGAAAGAAUGUCUUGAAGGCUCUUCUUUCUGGAACUACUCUCCAGUAUUCUAAGCCCCUGCUGGCUGCUGAAGUGCGUCGCAUCUUCCCCAGUGCUGUUGGUUUGCCCAUGGAGCUCAGCUUCUACACUGCUGCUGUUGCUAAUGCAUUUGUCGAUGUCCGUGCAACUAUGAAACCUGCUCUGCCUGAACACUUCAAUAUUGCCCAGCUGUUAAAAACAGACAUUCAGCUGCAAGCUGAAGUUAGACCAAGCAUUGCCAUGCAUACAUUUGCUGUGAUGGGAGUAAACACCAAAUUCCUCCAGGCAGCACUGAUAGCAAGAGCUAAGGUCCACACAGUUGUCCCUGCCAAAUUCACAGCAAAACUUGACAUUGCUAACGGACACUUCAAGAUUGAGGCUUUGCCUGUUUCUGCUCCUGAGCACAUUGUUGCUGCUCAAGUUGAGACCUUUGCAGUAGCAAGAAAUGUGGAGGAUCUCCAAGCUGAGAGAUUAACUCCCUUGAUUCCUGACAAAGCAGCAAGUCUACAGGUGUCCAGUGAGACAUCAACUAUGACUGAUUCUGGAGACUCCAAUACUAAUAGUUUGUCAAGAUCUUCAGAGAUCACAGAUUUUCCUACCAUACAGCAGCUUGAGAAGAAAUUAUGUGCUGAAAGACUUGGAAUCAGUGCAUGCAUAGAGAUUGCCUCUGAAAAUGCUGCAUUCAUCAGAAACUCUCUUCUCUACAAAAUGAUUGGAAAUCAUUCAGUCAUUAUUGCUGUCAAACCAGCUUCAUCUGGAGCUGCUAUUGAGAAACUAGAGAUUGAAGUGCAAAUUGGACCCAAAGCUGCAGAUAAGAUCAUCAAAGUCAUCACCAUUAAUGAUGAUGAAGACGCUCCAGAGGGGAAACCUAUCCUGUUGAAGCUCAAAAAAAUGCUGGUACCUGGUCUAAGGAACAGUACCAGAUCUUCUUCCAGCUCUAGCAGCUCUAGUUCCAGCCGCUCUAGUUCCAGCAGCUCUAGUUCCAGCAGCUCUAGUUCCAGCAGCUCUAGUUCCAGUAGCUCAAGUUCCAGCAAAUUACAGAGCAGCAGAUCUUCUAGCUCUUCCAUGUCCAACUCCAAUUCCAGUUCCUCCAGCUCCUCCAGUUCCUCCAGUUCUCGUCGCUCCAUGGGUGAGGUUUACAACCGCAACUUCACCAGAAAUCACAAGGUCUCCCAAGGAAUCUCAAAAAGCAGGAGUACUGCCUCUAGCUUCCAGGAAAUCUACAAUCAGGCCAGAUUCCUUGGCGAGACUCUUGCCCCUGAGGUGGUCAUUCUGGUCCGUGCAGUGAGAAAAGACCAGAAGCAGGCUGGAUACCAGGUGGCUGCUUACUUGGACAAAGCUACUUCCAGACUUCAGAUCAUUCUGGCUGCCAUUGCUGAAGAUGACAACUGGCAAUUAUGUGCUGAUGGUGUUCUGCUCAGCAAACACAAAGUCAAUGCCAAGAUUGCUUGGGGUGCAGAGUGCAAGGAAUAUAAGACCUUCAUCACUGCAGAGACUGGUCUUGUUGGUGAAAGCCCGGCAGCUCGUCUGAGGGUGUCUUGGGAGAGACUACCCAAGGUUCCCAAGAAAUGUUGGGGCUAUGUCAAGAUCAUGUCCGAGUACAUCCCAGAGUACAUUCCAUCUUACCUGGCUAGUUUGAUUCCAGUUCGAAAAAUGAAAAAUAGUGAGAAACAGAUUCAGUUGACUGUGGUUGCAACAUCUGAAAGGACCCUGGAUGUGAUUCUGAAGACACCCAAGAUGACCCUGUCUAAACUGGGUUUAAACCUCCCAUAUCCUCUGCCUAUUGAGUCUUUGACUGGUCUUUCUCCUUUUGAUGGAGACAUGGUCAGCAAAAUUCACUCAGUUUUUACUGAAGCCACCUCAGCUCAAUGUAGCAUGGUCAGGGACACUUUGACAACCUUCAACAACAGGAGAUACAAGAACGAGAUGCCAAUUUCUUGCUACCAGGUUUUGGCUCAGGAUUCCACCCCUGAGCUCAAAUUCAUUGUUCUGCUGAAGAAGGAUCACUCAUCUGAACAAAACGAAAUCAACGUGAAAAUCUCCGACAUUGAUAUUGACUUGUACCUUGAAGACGAUGAAGUGAUGCUGAAGGUCAAUGAAAUGGAAAUUCCCCUCAGCAAGCUGCCAUACCAGGACCCCUCAGGUUCUAUUGAGAUCAGACAGAAGCGUGAAGGCCUGUCUCUGAAGGCCCCAAGCCACGGUCUCCAAGAAGUCUACUUUGAUAAGACUUCAUGGAAGGUUCAAGUUGUGGACUGGAUGAAGGGGAAGAUUGGUGGAAUCUGUGGAAAGGCUGAUGGGGAAAUCAGGCAGGAGUAUAGUACACCCAGUGGUCGUCUGACCAAGAGCCCAGUCAGCUUUGCCCAUUCUUGGGUACUUGCCUCUGUGAGCUGCCAUGAUAAAUCUGAAUGUCGCAUGAAGCUUGAGUCUGUGAAGCUGGACAGAGAGGUGACUUUGGAAGGCCAUAAGUCUAAAUGCUACUCUGUUGAGCCUGUCCUGCGUUGUCUUCCUGGAUGUGUUGCAUUGAGGACCGUCCCCGUUACCAUCGGCUACCACUGCCUGCCCCAGGGUUCCCACCAGAACAGCUCUGAUGAUCUGAGCAGCAACUUAGACCAGAGUGUGGACCUGAGAGAGAAGACAGAAGCUCAUUUGUCCUGUAGCUGCACCAAAGAUUGUUCAUAGAGCCCCAAAACAGAAGUUUUGACUGUUUAAUUCCCUGAAAUUCUCUGUAAAAUAUUUAUUGA